AAGCAGAAACCGUUCGGCUGGAGAUGCGGUGGUCUGUAGAUUUUGGAGUUGGAUUGAUCUCACGGUGUCUGUGUGUAUGACUUAAUCUGCACAGCUGCUGCAGGGAGGAGACAGACUUCCCUCUGUUUCUGGAUGAGUUUUCUCCCAAGUGAGCAAUUCUGCCGAGAUUUUUCUUUAGAGUCAAGCAGAGGAGAGCGUGUGUGAAAUCUCACACUGAAAGGAGUGGGGCAGGCUGAUGGAUGAAGAGGGAGAUCAGACGGAUCAGCAUGAGGAGCGUUUAAGGGAAGUGUUUCAGAGUUUCGAUGGGAUCGGUGCUGGUUCACUAAGCCCGGAGGAGUUAACCGAGCUCUGUCACACCCUGCAGCUGGCUGACCAAGCACGACACGCACUGCUAAACACACUAUUUAAUACACAGGGCCAACUAAACAAACGGGUUGAAUUUGAGCAGUUUAAGGACGCUUUGAUUCUGGUGCUUUCCUCCACUGAAGAGGCACUCGCUGAAGAAAACCCUCCUCGCCCAGUCUCCCCAGAGGUGCAGCCUCGCUUUGUAAAGGGCACUAAGCGUUAUGGACGUCGGUCCACACCAGAGUUCACACAGACCAUCUCGGAUUUUGCGCACACACCAUCGGUGGAAAGAGAGGACAAUGCAGCCACAAGGACUAGUGAUGAUGGGGCGUUGCCUGUUAAGCGUGAGCGCUGGAACGCUGAUGCGAGUAGUCCAGAGGAGUACGAAGCAGAGGGUCAGCUGCACCUGUGGAACCCUGAUGAACCGGGUACGCCACGUGGAAGCAUGGCACCCCUCAGUGACCUGGAGGACCGACUGUACAGUGCCUGCCAGCAGCUCUCACUGCCCCUGGAUGGCAAAGCUACCAUACAUCAACUACGCACACUCUGCCAGCACCUCAACUUGGAGGUAGGAGAGGAUGUCUUCCAGUCUGCAGAUGAGAAGAAUGUGAGUGUGCAGGAGUUUAUAUCUUCCAUCCACAACAACAGCAAACCACCUACUCCCUCUGCCUCAACACCUUACAGACAGCUAAAGAGACAUCACUCAACACAGCCUUUUGAUGAGAUGGGUCGCAGGAUCGCCUCUGUGAUGAGCAGUACAAUCGGACUGCGGCUGUUUUCUGAAUUAGAUGAUGGAACGGGACACACAGCAGUGGAGCUACUUCUGGAUGCCUGGCUAGAAGAUGGUGUAGAGAACAGCUCUGAAGUCCUGCAGGCUCUGGAUUUCUGCCUGGAUGGAAAGGUGAAUCUGAGUGAACUGACUGCAGCUCUGGAGAAUGAGCUCAUGGUCACAAAGAACUCCGUCCACCAAGUGGCACUGGCGAGCUUUAAGGCUGAGAUCCGAUAUCUCCUUGAGCGUGUGGAUCUGGAGCUCAGGGAGAAAGAGAAGCUUCACUCUGAUUUGGAAAAAGCAGAGAAGCUCAAGUCCCAGCUGGCCUCUGAGGUGGAUGAACAUCACUCCACCAUCGAACGCAUCAACGAUCUUAACCUGCGGAAGUUGGAGCAGGAGCAUAAGGAUCGUGUGGUGGCUCUGAGGGCGGAGCUGAGCAAAGAGGUGGAACUUGUACAGCAACAGGCCAAUCAGCAGAGAGAAGAACUGGAACAGGAAAUCAGUAGGAUCAAAGAGGAGGAGACGUUCCUCAGAGAACGCCUCGCUCUGACUAUUAAGGAAAAUGGGCGCUUGGAGGCCGAGCUGCUAGACAGCGCAGAGCAGCUGAUUGAAGCGGAGGCCCAGUUAAGUAAACUGCAGAAAAACCUCGACAAUGUUCUCAAGGAGAAGUUUGGUGAUUUGGACCUGAGCAAUGCCGAGUUCUAUCAGCAGGAGGAACGUCUCAGGCAGCUGCGCAACAGCUAUGAGGAUCAGUGUCGGGAGCUGCAGGAUCGUAUAGAUGAGUUGCAGGCUCAGUUAGAGGAAUUUCGUGUUUUAAGCCAUGCCCCGCAGACCUCCCUCAGACCCUGUCUGUCUGAUGAGCUGGACAGCAAGAGUCCUGGCACAGAGUCGGACCAAGGCCUAGGUUCUGAAGAAGGGCAGCCGUUUAACAUGAGUCUGGAAGCAGAGAUGAUGCUGGAGCAGUUGAAAGAGCAACACAUCAGAGAGCUGGAGGACAUGAGAGUGCAGCUAGAUUCCACGGUGAACAAGUGUGAUCACAGGCUGGAAGAACAAAAGACCUCUCUUGAGGAGGAGAGUCGUCUGUUGUCAUUACAGCACCAACAGGAAGUGAAGUCUCUGAAGGAAGAAUUGAAUGAAGCACUGAAGCGAGCUCGGGAUUUGCAGGCGCAACUUGAGCAGGAGAAACUCCGCAUGGAGGCUCAGCAGAGUGUCGAGCGUGCUGAACUACAUGUUUACCAACAGCAGGUUGGUUCCCUCAGCCAGGAGGUGCAGGAUGCCAGGAUCCAUGCAGAGAAACUGGAGGAGCAGCUUUGGGUGAUGGAGGAGCGAGAGAGAGGAGCAGAGGAGAGCAGAGCACGGGACAAAGAAGAGCUGAGCUGGGCUCAUGCAGAGGAGCUAAACCGAAUGGAACUGCACUACAAGGAGACGCUCAAGGCCAGUCUUCAGAAGCAGAAUGGGGAGGCAGAGAGGAUGCUUUCUGAAGUGUUGGAGAAAGAAAGGCAACAUAUGGAAAAAGUUCAUGAGGAGGUGCUGACCGUUCGGUUAGAGGAGGUGCAGCAGAGAGCUGAGCAGGAGCUAAUCGAAUUAGAGAGGAGGCUUAGGGAAGAGUGGGAGUGGGACAAGCAGCAACUAGAGGAGAGCAGUAGGAAAAAGCUUCAGGAGCUGGAACGUUUGCAGGAGGAAAGCAGUAAGAGGCUCAGGGAGCAGUGGGAAAAGGAGCAUAUUCUUUUACAAGCGCAACAUCGUGCUGAGCUGCAGAAGUGUUUACAGCAGGAAAGGGAGCGACUACAAGCCCAGGAGGAAGACAAAGAGCGUAGAAUGAUGGAGUGGGAAAGAGAACGAGCUCAAUUGCAUGAGCAGCAUGAGGAGGUGCAGGAGCAAAUCAAAUUAGAGAGGAGGCUCAGGGAAGAGUGGGAGUGGGACAAGCAGCAACUAGAGGAGAGCAGUAGGAAAACACUUCAGGAGCUGGAACGUUUGCAGAAAGAGCAGGAGGAAAGCACUAAGAGGCUCAGAGAGCAGUGGGAAAAGGAGUACACUCUUCUACAAGAGCAACAUCAUGCUGAGCUGCAGAAGUGUUUACAGCAGGAAAGGGAGCGACUACAAGCCCAGGAGGAAGACAAAGAGCGUAGAAUGAUGGAGGAGUGGGAAAGGGAACGAGUUCAGCUGCAUGAGCAGCAUGAGGAGGUGCUGCAGGGCAGGCUGGAGGAGCUGAGAGCACAGUUUCAGGCAGAGGGAGAGGAGCAAGAAAGGAGGUGGCGAAAAGUCCUAGAAGAACAACGGGGCCAAAUGAAAGGCGCACAAAGGGAGGCCAUGCAGGAGCUGACUGUGAAAUAUGGUGAGGAGAGCAAGAUGCUGAGCUGCAUCCUGGAGAAACUUCGCACAGACAUCGAUAAGGAGAGGAGUGAAGCUGGACGUCUGGCUGAGGAAAACCUCCUUUUGAGACAGAAUCUCGCAGAACUGCGAGAAGAUCUGAAAGAGAAGCAGCAAGAGUUGCUCCUGAAAGUGGAACACUUCCGGAAGGAGAAAAAUGCUGCUCAGAAGAUGGCUGAUGGUUUGAAGAGGCAGACGGAAGAAGGAGAUUGUGCAGGAUCUGUAAGCAGAACUGAAAAGCUGGAAGAGGAGAAGAAGCUUCUACGAGUAGAACUAAACCGCUGUGUGGAAAAGAUGGCUCAGCUUCGUUCAGCAGAAACCCAGCUGGCUCAGCUCUUGCAUGAGAGACAGAUGGCAGACAAACACAACCAAGCAUUACGUACACAAAUGAUCAAGGCACAGGAGAAGGUUCAAGCAUUGGAUUCUACACUGCAAGGGCUUACUCAGCAGAAUGCUCGUCUGAAAUCGGACCUGCGCAUCACCCAACAAGAGCGAGAGACACUCAAACAGGAAGUGAUCUCACUGCAUAAACAGCUUCAGAAUGCCAAUGAAAAGAUGCCUGGUGUCCCAGUUAGCUUGCACCAGGGGAAGCGUGUAUGGGCAGAGCUGUCUGGUCUGAUGGAAGCAGAGCUGAGUUUGCUGCGUGAAGAAAAUCAAAGGCUGCAGCGAGAGAUCAGUGAUGCACGGCUAGAGCUCAGCUCUGCACGGGAGAAGGCUCGACAGCUGGAGGCGCUGGUGUUGAGUGUGAAACAGCAGAAGCAGCAGAACCAGGCAAGCCUGGCCAAGACGGCAGAGCAGGAAAGAUCAGCUCUUAAACGAGAGAUAGAGGCUCUGCAAACACAGCUACACAACAAACUGUAUGACAGUAGUGAAGAGCAGAGAGAAAUUGAGAAUCUUCAUGAGGAGAAUGAGAGACUCAGGAACAAACAGACGAUACUGGAGGCCCAACUGAUGGAGGCUCAGCUUAUCGCCAUGCUACCACCAUCACCACUGCGAUUGUCCACGGAGCGAAGAGGACAGCGCCAUGGAGAUGAGAUGAACCCAGACAUCAAUAAAGAGCAGGAAGUGGCACUGUUGAAGAUGGAGGAGAGGAUGAAGGAGGUGGAGCUCAUGCUCCGAAAUGUCAAACUGUUGUUGCAAGAGAAAGUUUCCCAGCUAAAGGAACAGCUGAAUAAGAACAAUAAAGCAGACGUGUUGGUCAGUGAUCUUUAUGUGAAGAAUGCUAAGCUAUUGAAGGCUCUAGAAGUGAGUGAGCAGAGGCAGAAGGUGACAGAAAAGAAAAAUUACCUCCUGGAGGAGAAAAUCUCCAGCCUUAAUAAGAUCGUUCGUGAGCUCAGUCCCUCACCACGAAUGCCUGUGCCAUACCAUGUGACCCGCUCCUGAUAACACUUUUUUUGUUUUUUGGUUUUUUUUUUUAAAUCUACUUAUUUAUUUGCUUUUUAUUUUAUUAAAGUGACUGUUAAGAGGUCAUGGUUUUUCACAUGAAACAAACCACCAUUUUUGCAUGACACAAAUGCUAAUGAAAAGUACACAGAGGAAGGAAACUUCUUGUAUGCAGGCUGUCUGGUUAGGCCUAGAAGUAUUUUGGUGCAUAUUUAACAUGUUUAUGUAAGUAGAUCUGCUGUUUCUAAGAGCAUCAUCAUUUGUGCUUCCUUAAAGAUGCACUUUGAUUUAUAGAGCAGUUGCCAUGGAAACAGCGACCCCACCCUUGGUUGGAACCCUCUCUUGUGCGUUGGCCUUGAGGAAAAACAUGCACAGCUGAGCAAUAAAAUUUUGGAUGGGGAAGGAGCACUUUUUUUUUUUUGAGAAAUUCUAUGGGGGCGGCACGGUGGUGUAGUGGUUAGCGCUGUUGCCUCACAGCAAGAAGGUCCGGGUUCGAGCCCCGUGGCCGGCGAGGGCCUUUCUGUGCGGAGUUUGCAUGUUCUCCCCGUGUCCGCGUGGGUUUCCUCCGGGUGCUCCGGUUUCCCCCACAGUCCAAAGACAUGCAGGUUAGGUUAACUGGUGACUCUAAUUGACCGUAGGUGUGAAUGUGAGUGUGAAUGGUUGUCUAUGUGUCAGCCCUAUGAUGACCUGGCGACUUGUCCAGGGUGUACCCCGCCUUUUGCCCGUAGUCAGUUGGGAUAGGGUCCAGCUUGCCUGCGACCCUGUAGAACAGGAUAAAGCGGCUAGAGAUAAUGAGAUGAGAAAUUCUAUGAUUUGUACAGGUCUACAAACCCUACAUCAUUAAACUCCUCAGAAAUCAGACUAUCAUUCAGGUGUGAGCAUAAGUCGACUUGAUUUCAGCUAAAGUUUUUUAUAAAUACCUAAAGAAAUUAGAUUUUCUUAAAAAAAUCUAUCUUGACUGUAUCAUUCCAGUUACGUAUUUGCACAAAAUUAGCUUAAUUAUAUUACAAAUUGAAAAUAUUUUUGGAUGAAAUUUGUAACAAUGUCAUUCCCUGUUUUUACUGUAUAGUUUUGUGAAAUAUGAAUUUCUUUAUAAAAGGUUAUAAAGAGAUGUGGGAUGGACCACAGUACAGUUUUAGACCCCUUACACUAAAAUAUUCUGAUUUCAAAGUGCAAUUAAUCUAGGAGCAAUAUGGUAAUAUUCUGAUUCGAAGGGGGGGGGGUUGUUUCCCCCUCUCUCUGAGCAGUAUUUGUUUCACUUUUCUAUAAUGGAUCAUGUUUGGUUAAAGCCUGCCUCUCAAGUGGGCAUGAAACUUCAAUGUCUGUUUUUGUUUUUUCCUCUAAAUGAAUUGUAUAUGCUGUGCAGGUAUACAUUUAAAGUAUUACUAUUUCUAAUUUAACUUUUAAAGUGAUCCUCAGCUACAGUAUUUUUAUAAAGUCCAUACUAGCAUUUUUGUAAACCUGAAAGAAGGCAGUGACUUUGGCCGCCUAGAUGGAGAUGAGAAACUGUCUAGUAGUGAAUGUAAGCCUGUGCGGGGGGGAAAAAAAGAGCAUGGUGCUGAGAAAGGAAGUAUUUGUAUUACAGUAUCCGAGGUGUUUCUAUUCAGCAGAACCAAAGAGCAUUUCCCACUGGCCCGGGUAACACUGUCCAGACUCUACCUGUCAAGAGCUGCUGUUAGCCAAGUGACUGACGAUGUGCUGGGUUAUUGUGAAUUUAAAGGAAACGGUAAAUAAUUUUAGAGAAUAACAUGUUUGGAGUGACGUUUUGUGAGUGUGAAUAUUUCCUGUUGUAGCAUAGGCCUGCUUGCAUGUUGUUCAUUGUGAGGAAGGGGAUCAUGAGAUUCUUUUCCAUGAUAGAUUACACAUAUGUGAUCAUAUCUCACCUCCCUCUUUCUUUCAACUGGGAACAUGGAAUCAUGGGAACAUGUAAAGGUGAAUUUCAGUACGCCUGGAAACUGCACUCUGGUAAACAUGACAUUACAUGUGAAAAUAAAUGAAUUGUUUAGAGAAGGAAACUCUGGGGAAAAUGGACUGUGUUUAAAAAAAAAAAAAGACAUGUCAAACACAAAUUUGAGGAUUUAAAAAGAAAAAUGUGAAAGUCACAUGAAUAUCCAUGAAUAAAUGUUGUUGCAUGUUUAAAAAUAAAAAUGUGUGAAAACAAA